CUCCGUGUGUGCGCCGUGGAGAUAUUAGAAACAAUCUUUAGGCGUUAGAUAGGAAACAAACUGGACAUUGUCAUAUUUUGCAUAAUAAUACACAGUCAUCACAUAAGGUCAACAUCGCGCCCCGGUGAGGGGGGGACAGGACCGUGGGGAGCGAACCUGUAAGUAGACGCAGCUUGAAGUAAAUAUUUGGACUGAACACAGCCACAGGGGACCAGACUCUCCUGUCCCUCCACCUAGGAAAUAAAUAUUUGGACUGAACACAGCCACAGGGGACCAGACUCUCCUGUCCCUCCACGUAGGAAAAGUACCUGCACAUUUAACAAAUCUCAAAAUCAAAUGAACUUUGAACACUUUCUGCACGUGUCAUUUUGUUUUGGAUUCCUGGCUCUUGUCAGCACGCCUGCGCAGCGCCCUGUGACUGUAACAGAAACUUUAAAUUCAGGCCCUGCUGCAGUGACUACAGCCCACUACGUGGAACUUCAUGAUCACGCUGUGAACAACAGGAGACGGGGAAGGAUGCUUGGAACAUAUUUAUAACACACCAAACGGAGGAGACGAAAUCUUUUCCUGUUACUUGAUCGAAAAGAACCAAGGACAGUAAAUCACAAGAAGGCAAGUGGGCUGCAGAGGUGAAGCCAGGACAGGACAGGUUGGUGUCUCCAAAUUCACCGGGCUCGAGUUUCAGCUGCCCUGGGGGCUCCUGGUAUUAAAGCGUGCAUUUGACCUGGGAUAAGUUGUCAACAAGAGCACUGAGCGGAGGCAAACUGGCAGGUGUACAAGUUCAUUUAAAUGCAUACGUAUAUUCUCACCACUAUAUAUAGAAGUUAUUUUAGGGCCGAGUAGCCUUAAUACGUUUCUCCACCCACCCUCUGGCCCUGCAGCAGCCCCACGCACCGGGCGUGUGCGUGUGUCUAUAUAUACACCAUACAGGCUUGUAUUCCUCUUCGCAAUCUGUAUCCGAGAGCAGUGCCUGCCGUCGGUUUGGCUGUGAGGGCAGGAGUCGUCGCAUGGACUGACAUGGCCACCGACCUCGCCAUGAGCGCAGAGCUGCCCAACAGCCCGCUGGCCAUCGAGUACGUCAACGACUUUGACCUGAUGAAGUUUGAGGUGAAGAAGGAGCCGCCGGAGGCCGACCGCUACUGCCACCGCCUACCAUCGGGCUCCCUCUCCUCCACCCCGAUUAGCACACCCUGCUCCUCCGUGCCUUCCUCGCCCAGCUUCUGCGCCCCGAGCCCGGGCGCGCAGCCCAACCAGAGCCUCGUCAGCGGGGUCAGCAGCGGAGGCAGCAACAACAGUAGCGUCAACAACAAUCACAGCAACGCGGGCAAACCUCAGCUGGAGGAUCUGUACUGGAUUCCCAGCUACCAGCACCACAUCAACCCGGAGGCGCUCAACCUGACCCCAGAGGACGCGGUGGAGGCCCUCAUCGGUAACGCGCACCAUCAUCACCACCACCAUCAAACCUAUGAGGGCUUCCGCGGACAGCAGUACGUCGGGGAGGACCUGUCCGCGGCCUCGGCGGCCCACCAUCACCAAGCCCAUCACCACCACCAUCACCACCACCACGGCCACCACGUACGCCUGGAGGACCGCUUCUCGGACGAGCAGCUGGUCAGCAUGACUGUGCGUGAGCUGAACCGGCAGCUGCGGGGCUUCAGCAAGGAAGAGGUGAUCCGCCUGAAGCAGAAGAGGCGCACCCUGAAGAACCGGGGCUACGCGCAGUCCUGCCGCUUCAAGCGCGUCCAGCAGAGGCACAUGCUGGAAACCGAGAAGUGCACCCUGCAGAACCAGGUGGAGCAGCUGAAGCAGGACGUGGCGCGCCUUGUUAAGGAGCGGGAUCUUUACAAGGAGAAGUACGAGAAGCUGGCCAGCCGGACCUACAAUGCCGGUGGACCCGCAAACACGAGAGAUCCUUCGGCGAAACAGGCCAACACCGAGUUCUUCAUGUGAGAGACUGAUCAUUUGUAGCAUAGACUCUGAAUCACACCCACACCUGAACAUCCUUGUAACAUUAUUUUCUAUUUUUCAGCAUUUGUAUUUUGUUUACAGUUAUUCCCUCAAUUGAAAAGACUAUAAAACUCAACAUCUUAACAAAUAAGCAUUAGAUAUGCACAAAAGUAGCCUAAUCAUGUGCGCAUUGUGAGUCUUAAAGAUGUUUUGGCUAAACUUCUGUAAACCCACUACAAGCUGCGAUGUGGGCACAUGGGAUCAGUUAGCCUGUAGACGUUUCUCUGGUGCAGCAGAACCUGGUCAGAAGUCUUACUGAACCACCCUGACAUCUCACAUGACUGUCUUAAUUCAGAGAAAGGGAUGAUUUAGUUUUAAAACUGGGAGAGUUUUUUGUUUAUCAGAUUGGACUGAAAAAAGCAACAAACCGGCAGACAGCUCGACAGACUGUGUGUGUGAAAGAGAUGCUGUCUGUGAUGCAGAGAAGAGACCUUUCAUUAUUGCAAGUCUAUCGUUUCCCAUCCCUAUUUGCAACCCUGCAUGCAGGACAUGUAUGGUAACCUCCAGUCAUCUCCCACACUCCUUCCACGUGUAUGGAAAGCAUGGCCCACGGUUCUCUCCUCUAACGCUUCUCCUCCUCUCCCCCUUCCUCUGCCGUCAGUAAGGCCUGGGUAUGCAAAACGCCACAAAAAUGUUUUCCCAUAAUCACCCUGAGAGGUGCGAGGUCUGCGGACUAAAACACAAUCUGCUACUGCAAAUGAAUGCGUCUGUAACUGCUAUUUUCAAUCAAUUUUUCUAUUGUUUUCAAAAGGACAAAAACGACAAGAGAUUAACUGAGCCAGAUUUUAGACUGUAUUUAUUUCCACCUGUACAUAACGUGUAGAGAAAAAGUUGACUGUGCUAUUUUAUCUUCUCUCUUUUUAAAGAAAACUGCUUUUGUUGCUUGGAUUAUACGAAAUGUCUUAAUACAAAUGUUUGUAUGUUACAGCAUGCAACUCGUCUGUGGUAUCCUCCUCGUACUGAACAUGUGUAAUGUCAAAGCAAGCCUAAACUGCACUAAGAUGAGAUCAGACUGGACAAACCCAGGAGCUUUGAUCUGGUACUCUCUACCAACCGGGGUGUAAAUUGAUGAGGUGAACGCCUCAUUUGUUAGAUGGACAAGGACUGCACUCGCUGCUAAAACUCUAUGCACCAACCUGAUCAUUAAAGUCUGAUAAUUUUUACUUUAAAUAUUUGUAGAGAAAAAUUUCUAGGGCCUACGAGUUUAUUUGUCAGCCCGGUGUCUUAAUGAGAUCUUGUGUCUGAUAGGAGGAUGCUUGAUUGUUUUGCCUGGUGGUAGACCUUACUGUUGUUGGAAUAACCCCAUGCACUAUUCUGUCAACAAGAAAUCCCUGGUCCGUGUGUUUUCUGCUGCCUAGAUAUGUAUGUGCAAUAUUGUGCAGAAGUGUCCGAUGCUCAGACCACCUGUUGGACGGCGAAAAGGUGCAGGAAGAGACACUGGAAAUGUGACAGUUGUAUCAAAAUGUCAAAGAACAACAAAACUAGAAAAUGCUAAAUAAAUGCGAGUUUAUUCUUAUCGAGUGCUGCCCAACUAUGAGCCAAAAGAACACAAACUAAACGACCAAAGUUUAAACUUAAUUCUCCCGACCCAUACAAAUUUAUCUUUUCUUAAAAUUUAGAAAAACAACAAUUUACCGCCAGUGACUUUUUUUCAGUUUUUGAGGGUUUGGUGCAAACUUAAAUUUGAGUACUUUUUCCCAAAGCAGCUACAGCCUAAACUAUCCUAGUUUUAUUUUUAAAGACGACUGCGAUUAAUAAAGGGCGAUGAAAAGGAAAGCAAACUUCUGCACAGUGCUGUUAAUGUAUAUCUGUACAUAUAAUUUCUAUAUUUAUUCAAUGAACGUGUCCUAACGUGUCAACAAGUGAAAAACCUACAAAGUGGAACGUGGUUGAGAAACUUGUUUUCAUAAUGUUUAAUAAAAAGUACU